AGGCAACUCCUCGACGUUUCUUCCCUUACUACAUAUCUUAUGUUGCAUCAUGGCGUUCCGCAUCCGCAAACUACGUUUACCCCCGAAAGGUGAUUUUCCAAAUUGUGUUACAUAUAGUACAUAUGCACAUCAAGAAAAUUUUGAUGACGGAAGUUGAGCAUCAGUAUGCUGUGAAAUUUUUUUUACACACGAUGGAUUUGUGCAUUGAUUUAUUACUCGGCCAAAGUCUCGAGGCUGCGAAUAUCAUCAAUUCUCUUUGACUUUGUGUAAGAAUAUGAUUUUUUUAUUUUUCUUGAGUUUUGUUUGAUAUCCAGAUCACUUAUUGCCGUCGGCCGUUGCUGUUUGAGAUUGAGCGUGAAGAUUCGUCUACGUACUAGUUUAUGAAAUGAAUUUAAUCGAAGAUAUUUUAUUCGGAAAAUGCUUGUUGACCUUGUCCGGCUCCCAUAGCCAUGAUUAUUGAAAGAACUAUUAGGACUAGAUAGAAAUAUAUGAUACAAAAAAUGGAAAAUAAGCUUGGUUUUUCGCUUCCUUGCACUUUUGAUCUCCACGUAGAUUCAUGCCUCUACCGAGUGCCGCUCCCGCCGAGGUGAUCCACCUAUCUUACCAACCUGCCACGACGAAAUCUUGUAGGUUCUCGCUGAUCACUUGAAUUCGGAAAAAGAUAACUGCAAAUCUGGAUGUGGAGCCAGAGGAAGAGCAACAGGAAGUGCGCAUUAGUAUUCGUGGUCGUUUUUCAAAGUGCAGGUAUGUGGUAGCCAUAGCGUCGGUUACGGUAAAAAACCUUCUGAGAAACAAAGAAUAGCGGCGCAUAGUUCCUUUGAUUGCCACUUUGCUGUUCGCGCUUACGACAGCCGAGUAGAAACAGAAUGGGACAGCAAGGAUCCAAAGAUGGCGGGAGCGCAUGGACCGGAUAUGCGCCGCCAGGUAGAAGAGGUCAGCAGUAUGGCUCUAGAGCACAAUCGCCUGGAGAAGAAAAACAAGGUCGAAGAGAAGCGUCCGGAAGAGGACAGCGUGGAAGCCCGGCGAGAGGACCUACGCCAGCCGAAAAUGUGCUCAGCUUUUUCAGCGCAUCAAUGUCUAUGUCACCAGAGAAGCAGCGGGUUGGCCCUCGAGAACAGAGCAAAGAUCGGAAAAGUGAGGGCGGCAGGAGCAAAACGGAGGAUGGAAAUAGGGACUCAGGGGCGGCCCCCGGCAGAACACCUAAGGAGAAAGAGGAGCAUCAAGAAAAAAUGCGUGCAUAUGAAGAGACACUACUCCAAUACGCCCGCUGCACAGUGCAAGUACACGAUAUGCGCAUUCCCAACCGCGAUGGGGAAACAUUCCACUUCGCAGAAUGUACUACUUUUCGGCAUGAUUGUACUACAUGAAGUGGGAUCCGCCUGUCAACGACAGCAACUCUUCGAUCAUGAACAUGUUGUUGAUUUCCUUGUUAUAACUCCCAUGUAUCAGCAGGUUUAGGACAUUCACGUUCCUGCUACUUGUGCUUUCCUAUACCAGUCGUUGAUAACCACACGUUGAAGGAAGAAAAAAGAUGUUUGUUCUUUCAUUCGAGGUCAUGGCCGGGGUGGUGUUGGAGGUGGAUUGCCGAUGAUAAUGGUCCACGGGUACGGGGGUAGCCUCUGCCAGUUCUAUCGCAUGAUGCGGUUUCUCGUCGAGCGAUGGGCCGGCCCGCUCUAUUUUCUCGAUUUGCCUGGAAUGGUAUUUCUACUUCUAUGGUUAUAAUGCGUACCGUAUUGUAUCUUGUGCGGCACGAUCAUUAAGGAUCAACUUUCCUUGGUCAUUGAGGUUGGUCACUGAGACCGAGGAGGAGACCCCUGGAGGAAACAGGGGAAAAUGAAGGGAAUGGGGAGAGCUUUGAAGGUGGUCUCUUCCGUUCAGCGUCAAUGGCCAAUGAGUGUCGACCUUUAAGAUCAGCUCGAAAGUAGCUAGCAAUGAAAACGAUUGGGUUUGGGGAGCGGUUUCUUGAUCUUGGCCUGUAUUUUUUCGUCCCCACUCUGAGACUCCACAUCAACUCAUUCAACUAAAAUCUCUACAUUAGACUAUUACAACUUGGAUCACAUCGACAUCCACUUAAGUACAUCUUCAUCUUCAACCGCAAACGACACCAGGGUGGCUCAGUUCGCAAGGAUCGCAUGUUCCAGAGCCCCACAGAGGUAGAGCAAUUUUUUGGGCGCCGCCUGCGCUUCUGGUGCGACACGGUGCUCGGUAAGGACCAACAAUUUGUGAUUGUGGCACAUUCUUUCGGAGCGUAUGUGAGUACAGCUUUUGCACACAGUGUACAGGAACGCGUUGCAGCGCUUAUUCUCCUAUCGCCAUGUUUGGGCUUCCCAAGGUCUCGCGCAAUAAACGAAUCUGACAAAGGCAUUCGCGAGCAUGCAAUCGAAUACAUGAUGGAUGCUUUCGACGCAGAUGGCGGUCCCUUUGCAACUGUCAAGAGAUUUGGUACUAUUUUUUCUUUCUUCGCCUACGCUUUCGCGUACGUAACUGCAUAAAAAUACCGCGUUCAUGUAUUCAGCUGCGUGUGCAUGAUGUCACUCUAGAUUAGUUGGGAGGCUUGAAUCCUUUCACGUUAAAUAAUGUGGUUCAUAGGUUGGGCAGGCGAAUUUGUAAUGCGACGGGUCCUCAGACAGCGGCUGGCAUCCUUACCUGAGGAGGAACUCAAUGCAGUCGUGGAUCACCUGGCAUUCAUUAAUUGCUCUGCCACAGUCGGGACAGAAUCAGCUUUGACAGGAGUUUUCGGAGCAUACCUGGUACAACCCUUUAGAUUUCGCUUACUAGAAGAUCGCUUAAAGUUGUACGCUAUCGGUUGGAGUGACAGACAUGAUUCACGAUAUUCAUAUUGUAUAUUAUAUGAUAUAGAAGCAGAGAUGAAGAGCAUCAACAGACUCACAUACAGAUAAGCAUCUCAAAAAUAGCGAUUUCAGAGCUUCAAGUCUCGUCUACCACUCAACAACGCCCAUCGUUUUCAUGACCAGGUGACCAAAGCUGCCACUCCGCUCAUAGAACGUGUGGACUUCAAGUGUCCGCUGAUCUCCUUCUAUGGAGACAACGACUGGAUGGACCGACAAGGUGGCGCAUAUAUUGGGGACAUCGGCGUCAUCGCGGGUUGCACACACCAUAUGCACCUCGAAUACCCACGUUUGGUGACCCGUUGCAUUAUGUACUUCAUCAAACACAACCUCGAUAAUGUGAAAGACCGGGAGGAGGAAGCCCGCCGAGGAGGCGCGUCAGGCGGUCUAGAUUCUGUCAUCAAUGCAGGGGAGAACGCAAAGAACGAGGGCGAAACCGGUGUUAUCGAUGUAGAGCAGACUCUGUCCGAUAUGCAAGAGGUGAAAGAAGAACGAAGAAAGUCUAGCCAAGCUGCUCGAAAGGCAAGCACACCAGGUUGCGUCCAAGAACCCGCGAAACAGCCUCCUCCUGUUGCAGCAAAAAUAAGAGAUAGACGAAGCGACAUGAGCCAAAAUGACACCGAUGAUGGAGAUGCCGCUGAUGACAACACAACAGCAGGAGGGCCAGCUUUAUCCAGUGCCAACGUACAGUCUGAGCGGGCUGGCGUUCUGAGCGAUGCGCAAAUGCGUGCCGAAAUGAUGGAACCAGCGAAGGUGCGCCAGCGCAGCAAGAUGGCGCUAGAUGCGAACGGCCUGCGCGAACAGGAAGACGCUGCUCGGCGAUUUGCCGAAGCGAUGGCCGCGGGCGAUGAGAAGGCAGCGUCAGCCGUACUCGACGGGCGCGUGGACGCUGAGGACAUACUGCGCGCUUACUCCCGGAAUGCAGAAACGCCGUUUUUUUUGCAAUCAAGAACUGGAGCCACUGCGGCUGACGAUAGUUCACCAGUCCCAGGUUCUUUCGUUGUCGGUGGUAGCGAACAGAAGGGGGGUUCGUCGUCGUCUACGGCUAAAAGGAGCCUGAACACGAACGCGGUCACAACAUCAACGGUGCAGCACAGGCGAGAAGAAGCGGAGAGCCCGAAACACGAUCGGGUAGAUUUAGUCCACGGAAAUUUUACCACUACUUCAUCCUCAACAUCUCCGAGGGGCCGAAAAGCCGCGACCACACACAUAUCAGAAGAAGAAGAAGAAGAGAGUCGAGGACGUCGACGAGAAUCAACUUCGUCUUCAUCUGCUUCCUCUGCUGCGAGCGAGUCGCAUGCCGCUACAACGUCUCUGACUUCAUUGUCAUCCGACGACUGGAAGCCUGCGCCUGGUGUCCGGGACAAGAUAUCGUCGAAAGACGCAAAGAGUAGAAAAAACAUGAAAAGAACGAAUAGUCCUUUUGCUUAUCCAUCGAAGUAUCCUGAAAGAACCGCAAGGUCUUCGUCACGUAACCGGGUUGAUUCCGAGUCAGAUCUCGAUAUGGAAACGGGAGAUAACUCGUGCUCGAGCGGCGGCACGUUCCAUUCACUUGCGAGCCGAAGACGGAAGUAUCUACUGCGUUCUGCUCUCCUCAAUCCCCAGUAUGCGCAACGAGACAUGGCGCUUGCGAAGCAGUUCGUAGGGGGCGACAAGAAUCCUCCAGAAAGACCAACUAACCGCGACGUUGGUCCAGAAAAUGUCACACCAGUCGACGAUGAUACUGCUAUUCUACCAGGCGGCCGCGCGAAUGCAGCGGGCGGGAAUCCAGACCCUAGGGAAGGAACAACAGGUGAUGCUGACCCUACAACAUCUACUCCAGGAGGUGCCAGUGCCAGAGACCCGUCCAUCUUCCAGGAUUCAACCUUUUCGCGGAUGCCGAACUAUUCGAAAAGACCUUACAAAAAGAUCAUCAAACUGAGGAGGAGAAACAAGGUAUGGUGGGCUAACAACCAAUUAGCCGUCAAUUCUGCGGACAUCCGCGAAUUUCGAAGGGCAGAUAAAGAAGAUGCACCUUUUCAGAAAGGCGAGGCGGUGCUAAAGCAGCCGAAGGUGAUCAUAGAACCGCGAAAAACAGCGGCCGCUCAAAUACCCUCGUCAAUAAGCGGCGAAGGUGAAGAAACACCGUCAUCGAGCCUCAAAGCGUUUAUCGAAGAGGGCUCCGACAAUGGAGGUGCUUCUGCGAAAAUCGGAGGAUCGAAUGGGCAAGAAGAAGAUAGGGAUAGAAGUAUGAGCUAUACCGCUGCUUCUGCGGCGAACAAUCCACCGGGAAGUCAUUCUCUAGGGGGAGCAUCGUCAGGCAGAGGACAGAGGAGUUCUGGAUCAGCUAAUGCAGGAGGACGAAGGAGCAAGGAGGUAAAAGUUAGUUUUGACCCACGCACCCGAAGCUUUUCCCAAGGUGAUGAUUUUUCUUUGGAGACAGACGAGAAACAUUUUUCGUUAUCAAAACCGACGCCACAUCAGAAUAUUACCACGACUACUUCUAGUCGUGGUACGGCACCGAUACAACCAGAGCAGCAAUCGCAGAUGCUGGUCGUGGAUCAAAGGAGUAAUAAUAUAAAUGGAUCCAGCACACGACCGAACGCGCCACCACGUGGAGUCCCCUUUCCUGAGCCCAUCUCCAGCACCGUUCGACCAAAUGCAAAUGACCCCCGACGCGAAAUAAACCGAGGAGCUGUCGCGAUGCUUUGAGGUUGAGCUUCUUCACUUCACCUUUUCUCUUCAUCAAAUUCAAAGUAAUAUUAUCUAAACAUAACUUGACCUGGCGUCAACAUCUGCAUUUUUGAUUGAGAUACUCGCGCGCUAGGACAAAGCCACAAGCUGAAAUUGAAUAGUACUCAUCCAAUACUGCCAGCUUGGUCGACUUCCAAGAACAGGAACACACUCCAUAAAAAAACACAGGAGCAACAGCAUGUUUACAUACAACUUAAACAAUCACGCACACUACAUUGGUUUACUCAGAACCGUUACAACUAGGCACUGAUGCAGCAGUUAAACAAGAUCAUGCCAGAGUCCAUGCGAAGGUCGUAAAACUGUCAUAUUGCUGGUAACGGCCGCCAACGCUACUGCUUCGGUCAGCCGAGGAUUCGCAAUGGUCGGGUGAGCUAAGCUGUGAGUCGUCGGUUUCAGUUACCGCCUGCUCAAGCUGUGCUCCUUUUCAUCAAGCAUAGAAACUUACAUUUAUCAAAUUGAGGUUAUCAUAUGCUCAUCUUUGUCAUAAGCGAAACCAUCUUCCAAGAUUGGUCCGGCUCAAGAGAAGACCUCAGUUUCGAUUAGCUUUUCAAUGCACUCCCUCUUCUUGUUGAAAUUGAAUUCCGUUACUCCCCAAAAGCGAAGACCAGUGCUUGUGGGUCCGUAGGAGCGCACCCAUGAGCACUUGAAAACAAAGAACGCUACGAGGGCGCAACGGCUCCUUUGCAACAAAUGUGUUAUGCCCUGAAAUGCAAACGGUACCAUAGAAGGUACAAGAGUGACAACACUUUGGAGCGAAAGAAGGCCCUAU